GACAUGAGCGCCUCUGUGACGACAGCCUCGGCUGCUUUGUUUACUUCCGGUAUGGUGACGUCAGUGGCUCCGACGCGCCCUUAAUGCUUUGGAAGACCCAACACUUCACAGCUGAACCCCCCCUCAGACUAAUCACACGUAACAUGGCCGACAUUACUCAGUUCAGCGACCUCAGUGUUUUCAUGCAGACUGACAUAAACCCUAACCCCGCGACCUCCCCUCACGCCGCAUCGCUCCAUCGCCUGGUGACGUAGCGCCUCACCUCGACAGGUAGAGUCUGUCUCCGGUGGAGUCAACUGGGAAAGACAUGCCACUCAUUACCAGUUACUCAGCAACCAGCUCACGAAAAAUGACACGAAUCUGUUUAGUGAGAAUAAAAUGUAACUCUUCUUUAUUCGAGUAACCGGUCGUAUUCGGACACAACAAAGAUUCUGUGGAUCUUCGGCUUUUAUUUACGUGAAGACGUUUUAUCGUCUGCUCCAGACAGAUAUCACACGUCUUUUUACGGGGAAGCUGCCAAAAACUAUUCCAAUACACCAAAAAACACAGGACGUUUGUGAUGGAAAGACUCGUAGUUGAGUGUGAAGCGUUCCGGGUCCCGAGCUGCGUCGGCUGGGAUAUUGAGAGAAGAUGGAGGAGACGAGGUCUGCUGAUGACCGUUAAUCUGAUUUGUUCAGUGUGGUUGACUCUCGAGCCGGUGUGGGAAAAUAUUUGCCUGGAGGCCCCCGAGGAGCCACACAGUCCGCCCCAUUGAGAGGGCGGCGGCCUUUCCUUUUAAACCUUCCUGCAGGCGUUGGAAGCCGGUCCUCGGCCAUGCAUCGGCUCGCCGCCACCUACGACACGUUCCCUCUGACACGGGUUUCCUGCUCUUCUGACGGUCGAGGGAGGAAACCGUGGAGCUCUGUUCUCAAGAUGAUCCCUCACGUGUGCAAGAUCUUCCCUCUGGUUCUGGUCGGGCUGGUGGUGUUCGCCGUGAGUGGGAUCUUUGCGGACCCCCUGAACGAGUGUCUGCAGGACGCAGACUACGGCGAGCUCCUGGACCUCGUGGUCAAAGGCCUCCCCGCCUCCAAGACGCCCAGCCACAUCGCCGUCAUCGGGGGGGGCGUCGCCGGUCUGACCGCCGCCAAGCUCCUGGAAGACGCCGGACACACGGUGACCAUCGUGGAAGCCAGCAGCCGCAUCGGAGGACGGGUGGAGACCUUCAGGGACAGCAGAGACGGCUGGUACGCAGAAGUGGGCGCCAUGAGGAUCCCCAGCUUCCACAAGAUUCUGCUCUCCUUCGCCUCCAAGCUACAGGUUCCCCUAAACCCCUUCAUCCAGCACGACGUCAACACCUACUACCUGAUCAACGGCGUGCGCCACAAGACGGGCGCCGUGGGCGACGCCCCCAACCUGCUGAACUACAGCCUGAGCGAAGGCGAGAGGGGGAAGUCGGCCGCUCAGCUCUUCAGUCAGACGCUCUGGAAGGUGCAGGACGACCUCAAGGCCGUCGGCUGCAGAGCAAUGAUGGAUAAGUACGACUCCUACACAGUGAAGGAAUACCUGGUGAAGGUGGGCAAUCUGAGUCGUGGUGCCCUGAGGAUGAUCGGAGACGUCCUGAACGAAAACAGCCUCUUCUACACGUCACUGAUAGAGAUGUUGUACAUUCAGGCAGACAUCAGCGACGGCACGGAGUACUUUGAGGUGUCUGACGGUUUUGAUCACCUCCCGCGGGCUUUACACCAGACGUUAAACGCCACCACCCUCUUCAGCUCCAAGGUCAAGCGGAUCAAUCAGACAGGCGGCGGCGUGACGGUGACGUACCAGGACGGGCGUGGCUCGGGCGCGCUGACCGACCUGGUGGCGGACUACGCCCUGGUCACGACUUCGGCCAAGGCGGCCGUCUUCAUCGACUUCCAGCCGCCUCUCUCCGCGGACAAGAUGGAGGCCCUGCGCUCGGUCCACUACGCCAGCUCCACCAAGGUCAUCCUCAGCUUCGCCGAGCGCUUCUGGGAGAAGGAAGGCAUCAGAGGAGGCAAGAGCAUCACGGACCGGCCGUCGCGCUUCGUCUUCUACCCCAGCCACGGCUUCCGGGGCACGGCGGCGGGGGCCCUGCUGGCCUCCUACACCUGCUCCGACGACUCCACCCUCUUCCAGGGCCUGAGCGAGGAGGAGCUGAUGGCCGUGGUGCUGGAGGACUUGGCCAAGAUCCACGGGGAGCACAUCAGGCCCCUGUGGACGGGGGGCCUGGUGAAGAAGUGGGGCCUGGAUCCGUACAGCCUGGGGGCCUUCGCCCUGUUCACGCCCUACCAGCAGGGCCAGUACGCCGCCGAGCUGUUCCAGAGCGAGGGCCGGGUGCACUUCGCCGGGGAACACACCGCCACGCCGCACGGCUGGAUCGAAACCGCCAUGAAGUCGGCACUCAGGGCGGCGAGGAACAUCAACGCGCUCGCGGUGUAGGCGGUGAGCAGAGGAGAACAUCUCGUGGGGUCCGUCCCACCCGCCGGUCCAGUGGCACAUGUCAUUUUUAGCAUCUUUGUGUUUUGUACAUAUUCAUUGAGGCGUAAAGGCUCCACUGUUCCACGAUGCAUGCAGAGGAAGCGCCGUGAUUUUAACACAAUGAGUUUAUCUCAGCACUGGUGAUUCCGCUGAUUGCUUUUUUACAUUUUAGACUCUUCAUUGUUUGUCAGAUAAUUGUGAAGAAAAAGUGUCCAAGAGUCAAAGAUUGUGUUCUGAUUUGUUUGUUUAUUCCAAAAUGGCAUAAUUUAACGUAAGUUAUUUCAUUACUCUAUCAAUGUUUGUUUUUUUCUUUCAAUUGACUAUAACAAAUAGUUGACUGUUAAAACAAUAUUUACAUAUUAAUGUGUUUAAUAAAGAAA